ACUUAACACGUCAAUCUGGCGGGAGUAAGAUGUCGGAACUAAGUAGGGCAGAGAAAAUAGCGGCUGCUAAGAAAAAGCUAAGAGAAUUUCAAGCUUCCAAGGCUAACAAACAGUCAAAUGAAUCACAUGUCAACCAAACCCAUGGUUCCAGCGUUUCGGGGACUGGGGGCUAUCGAGUAAGUAAUGGGAAAGGUUUUAAUUCAGAUCGUGAUUUGUUUCUAAAGAUCAGUUACUGAAAAGCUUUAGAUUUGACAUGCAUAUAUUCUAAGGCUCAUUGACAAAAACUUGUCUUCAGCUUCAAUGUAUUUCAUCAUCCUGUGUAAAUGUAAACCCAUCAAUCCACUUGUACAGUUGACAUUUUCAUGUCUAAUCCCCAUUUACAAAUGUGUAGCUACACUUGUUAUCAUUCGUAAACGAAUGGAUAAAAUUGUUUUUACAAUAGGUAAACUUCGUAGAAAUCAGACAAGGCUCUAAAGCUUUGGUUUCAAGUUUGAAACUUUGUUGCAGGUAGCUAAAGCGACUUGGUUAACAAAAUCAACUUUGGGUAUGGUUUUCAAUUAACUGAUGGUAUUUUAUACUUGGCCCUGUGUCUCGUUUCCAGUUAGUUUGUUGUCAUAUAGCGUUGAUGUAUUGAAUAAAACUAGAUGAAGCCUAAAAAUAAUUUCUAUGUGAAAUGUUUAGUAACUUUUAGCUUCUGCAUAAAGUUAUUAAGUUCGCUAAGUUGUACAUCUAAGGUCAUUAAUUAUAGUUUGUCUUAAAUAUCUUUUUAAGUUAUUAUUUAUUCCUAGAUACUACCUUGACUCGUUUGAUUUUUCUUUUCCAGACCAACAUUUUAUCACAACAUGAAGAUAAUCACUGCAUGUAAGCAUAUUUCAGUACUCAUUUGUUUAGGUGCAUAACUUUCCGAAAUCGGUCAUACUAGCAUGUGCGUCGGUUCUAAUUAAACAUUUAUAUCCUGUCCAAUAAACUAUACUAUAUAGAAUACAUAAUUCAUCCUUUUAACUCGGUGUCUAGCACCAAUCUGCGGUAUAUGUAUGUAAAACAAACUGAUUGAAUUUUCAAAAAUUAUCCCAUCUAAACCAGCAAAACCUUAUGUAAAACUGAAUGAGUAAAUGGAAGAACUAUUUUCAUACAAAGAUUACCCGUUGAUAAUUGUCAGUCCAUUCAGCUUGAGCAGAAGCAAAAAUAUCAACACGGAUUUAAUUUAUCAAAUGUAAAUAUCAGUGAAAAUUAUGCGAAUGCUUCAAUAUAUCAACCGCAAUCUCCAUCGAGUGUGACAGUAUCACAGAAUAAUGAUAAUGCAGUUAUAUCACUUGCUGACUAUUUUAAUAAUUCCACUCAUUAUUACCAUCCUCCACCGCUUCAAUCUCUUCCUAAUAGUAAUACUAAUGAUAAUCAUUCCGUUUCUUAUAGUGAAAAUGGUCAAUGUGUUUUACAUGACUUGACAGUUCAUUCGAAUCUCACUGAUAAACAUCAGUUUGUUGUUUCGUCUCCUACCUCAUUGUCAUCUGCAUUUGAAAUACAUAAUAGGAAUGCAAAUCAAACUGUACCAAUGACUGACAAUACAGAGUACCUCAGUUAUUGUAUGUAUAAUAAUAAUAAUAAUAACGAUAAUAAUAAUAUACCUGUUAAUAUCGAAUUUAGCAAGCAGCAGAGCGAAUCGAAUUCUAACGAUUCCACCGUUUUUCCAACAUCAUAUUAUCAUCUUUCUUCCGAGUCUGCUGCCAUUCAUAAUGUAAAUAAUUCUAAUCAAGAAAAUAAUACACUUGUACAGUCAUCUUAUCCACAAUAUGAUGGUGAUGAAGAAGAGGGUGAAGUGGUGAACGAUAUACCUACAGCUGCUACUGAGAAACUUUUACAGUUAACCCGUCAGUUAGACGGCAUAUUAGAGACAUCAGAACGUUUAACUAGUUCAAUGCAUACAUCAGGCACUACCAGUCCAAUAAUGAAUGAAUUUACUUCAAACCAUGGAUUACUAGAAUCAUUUCAUUAUCCUGAAUCAUGUCGACAAUACUCUAAUCAAACUGGUGAAUCACAUGAUCAAUUGACAAAAGAUUAUUCACAUUGUUCACCGAAUUCUUUAUUAUCUGGAGAAUCAUCUCAAAUGUCUAUAAGUCAAAAUCAUUUAGUGCGAGAACUUGAAGAAAGAAAUGUUGAAUUAGCUUCAAUGUUAGAAAAACGCAAUCGAGCAUAUGAACGUCUAACAGUUAAAAUGGACUUAAUGAAAGAUCAGUAUGAACGUCGAUUAACUGAUUUAAGCAAUGAACGUACAAAUUUACAAAAUAUUUCUCAACGAGAUUUAGAGAAAACCAAAGAACAAAUUAAAGCACACGCUAAAACUAUUGGAAUCUUAGUUGCUGAAAAAACAGAACUUCAGUCACAAGUGACACAUUUGGAUAAUUUAGCUGUACAAAGAUUACGAGAAAUCGAAGAAGUCAGCUCUAGGUUAAAAGCAUCACGUCAACAGAUUUUAGAUUUGGAACGUAAUUUAUCAGAGAGUAAAGCAAAUGUGAACAACUUGCAAACUGGUAACAAUGAUCUACAGAAUCAGAUUAAAUGCCUUCAAGGGGAAAUAAAGCGUGAAAAAAUAGCACGCCGAGAUGUCGAAGAUGAAUUAUCUGAAACGAGGUCUCGAUUAACAGCUAAAUCAUGUGAACUAGCUCAAACUGGAAUAAGUUUAAAUGAAUUAAAACAGCAACUUGAAUUAUCACAGAUUUAUGCUAAUCAAUUAAGGAGUACUACAGAUAGUUUAAUGUGUUCGGAAGAUAAGAAAUAUUGCAAAGAAAAAGAAGAGUGGUUAUCAGAACGUGCUGAUCUACUGAAUCGAUUGAAGUUGCUUGAAUUGUCUUUAUCUUCGAUUGAUACAGAAAAGAAACGGUUAGAUUCUCAGUAUCAUAAUUACGUUGCACAGGUUGAACAACAGGCAGAUGAGUUACGUUCUCAAUUAUCUGAGACAAAUAAAUUAAAACAAGAAAUGGAAUUGUCAUUAGAAUCAGUUAGUCGACAAUUACGUGAAAAAGAUAAUGAAAUCAAUGAUUUAAAACAACAUGUCAACUCUUCACCUGUUAUCCAACAAUCGUUGGAGCAAAUAGCAGUAUUGGAAACUCAGUUAAAAAGUCGUACAGAAGAGUUAGAAAAUGCAAAUGUUGAAAUAAAUCGGUUAACUGUUCGAUUAUCUAAAUUUGAGGAAACUGUUGAACAACUACAAAAUUCAUUAUCUGAUCGUGAUAUAGUUUUGGCCACAGCUACAUCAGAACGAAGUGCUUUAAGUCGAGCUGUGGAGCAAAAUAAGAAUUUAAAACAACAAUUGUCUGAUUUGCAAACUACAUACACACAAAUGUGUGAUAUUUAUCAAUCAGAAAUUAAGUCUGCUAAUGAAAUGAAUUAUGCAUUAUCUAAACAAAUGGAACAUUUAAAUAUUUUACAAAUGGAAAAUCAAAAUCAAUCAGAAAAUAUUAUUAGUUGUACUAUAUUGUCAAUUGAUAAUGCAACACAAACUGACGAUAGUCAUAUUGUAGAUGAUCCACAUUCGACAGUGCAUGAUUGUACUGUAACUCAAUCAUCAUCGCCACUAUCAACAUCACAAGAACAACAAAUAGACAACAUAAUGAAAUAUAAGAAUACUAAUCUAAGUCAACUAACAGAUGAGAUUGUAUUGUUAAGAGAUUUGUUCGCGCGUGUUUCUGUAAUCUGUCAGUGGUUGGAACAUGAAAAUAGCAAAAUCAAUGAACCCAACAAAUUCAACGAUCCAGUAUAUUGUGUUAGCCUAUUGGAGGAAUCUAUUCAAAAAUUAACGAGUAAAUAUUCUUCAAAUGUAAUUGACAAUUCUGUACAAUGUUCAUUGCCUAUGGAACAAAACGAAUUAACAUCAAAUGUUGAAGAGUUGCAAAAUCUCCAGGUUGCUCAUACACAAUUGGAAGCUAAAUUUUUAAAAUGUAUGGAAGAACUUAGUUCUGUUACUGAGGAACGCUGUACAUUAGAAAGUAUAAAUGCUCAACUAGAAAUGGAAGCUGCAACAGUUGAAGAAUAUGUAACACUCUUUACGCAUCGACGUGCUGCAGCCGCAAAACGUGCAAAAGCUCGUGAACUAUUACUUCAACGUUUAGUAGACGACAGAAAACGUUUACGUGAUCGUUUGGGAAAAAUUUUUUCACAAAUAAAUCCAGUAUACAUUAAAAAUGAUUGUUCAAACGAUCAAACAGAGCUUGUGAAACAACAGGUAGACACAACACCGAAUGAUUCAAAUCAUGUGGGAGACAGAUUCCUGAAUGAAUUUCGCUCCCUCAUUGAAGAAAUUGAACUAUCCACAGAUGAAAAAGAAUUCGAAGCUGGUGUAUCCGAUUUAAACGAUGAAGAUAUAGGUGAUGAAAUGGAAAGUCUAACUGACAAGAAACUAGUUUCUGAUUUCAAUACAAAUGAUGGUAUUCAAAAGCAUCAUAUUUCACAUAUAACAUUGGAAAAUUUACGAUAUCAAGCUCUACGUUAUGACUGUCCACAUUGUAAAUGUUGUGUUGGUAGAUUAUUAGAAGUAUAGUACUUGUCCGUAUAUUUCUAUUCAUCAUUCAAUCUCAGUUGUCAUCAUCAUUAUCAUCAUCCUCCUCAUGUCUUUCAUCAGAAAAACAAAACAAUUUGACUUUAAUUGUACAGAUCUUAUCUCUUCAAUAUAAUAAUAAUAAUAAGUACCAAUUUUUACUUGUUUUUCACGUGUGUUGUGCCUCCAUUUAAAAAUGGGUCUCUACUUGUAAAACGUGAACACUUUGUAAAUAUUAUUUACUGGUUGCGAAUUAUAAAUAAAUCAUAGAACAGAAAUUAUUCGUUUUGUUAAUUUAAAUAUAUCAGAUAAAAAAAAGAAAUAGGAACAUCAAUCAGCUAUUGAAUGGAGAUAGAUGUAUUUAGUUGUAUUAAGGAUUUAGACAAUUUAUUUUAACACAUAGAUAUUGGUACAAGGAGGCACCAAAUACAUAUGCGCCACACAAAUCUCAUUCGAUAUGUGUGAGGGCUGU